GUAAAGGCUGAAAAGGAGAAAAAACUCUGAAAUAUUUGUAACACAAUGAUGGAUGCUGAAGAAGGGGGAGAGAAUUUUAGCAAAGUUUCCUGAAAGAAUUCGAUUUUUUUUUUAUUGUUUAUUACCUAAUGAAAGCUUCCCAUACCUUAAUUAUUCAUAGCUUGAUAUUAUAAUUUAACUAAAAUUCUAAUGAAAAUAAUUUUAAUUCAAGAUAUAAUCUAACAUAGAUAAUUCUAAUCAAACUCCAAUUGUUGCUGUUGCAGCAAUUGGAGUAAUUCUUGGCUGGCCCUUCUCGAUUUUGGCUUUCUUGCUCAUUACACUUUACUCUUUGGAUAGAAGAUUCAAGCCAACGUUUUCGGCUGGCGCGGUCACCUCUGUUCUUCUUAUAAGUCCAUUGUUGGCUGGGGUUUAUGUCUUUGCAACCACACAAAGAAGAAAGGUUCCUUUAUCCAAUAUACCCCUUUGUCCGUGUUGCUGCUUCAGCUGUCAUUGGGAGCUUUCCUGAUCUUUUCCAAGACAAGUAUAAUCCCCAGGACAAUUCUUGGCUGGUUUUGAUAGCUAAAUUUGUUAGGCCUGUGGUUCUUGGCCUGAUAUUAUCUGCAUCGCAGGCUCACAUGUUUUCAUUGAUUAAUGGUUAUGGCUAUUGAGGCUUACAAAAUUUUGGAGCACCAUGAUGAUGUAGGGAAAUGUAUGAUCUAUUUUGGAGUAAUACACUGCAAGAACGUUCUCACUGAUUUUAUUUAUUGGGCGGUGCUACUGCUUUUGCAACAUAUUGUGUUGGAAAAAAGUCAUCUGCUGUCCUAAACCUUCUAACUCUUAAUGAACGCAAGAAGUCUAUAUUAUAUGUGUCAAUUGUCAAUUGUCAAUUGUCAAUUUUUUAGAACUUUUUUGCUGUGGCUUGUUUUGGUGAUGGAGAAAGUAAAUUGUGAAUAUUCAGCAAGUCACCUGUACUCGAGAAUACUUGUAAAUGUAGCAAAAUUUAUGGCAGUAGCUUCAGGAUGGAAAAAAAACGAGUUCUAAUUAGAA